CGGGAAGGAAAGUCCGCGCCCGCCAAGUUACACCUUGACUUAUCUCCUUCAACUAAAACUCCUUUGUAUAAAAGCUUAACUCCAAGAAAAAUUCAAACAAACAAACAGCUUCAGUCUUCAGCUAAGCAAACCAAACAAUUGUUUAACCUUAGUAUUUCCGAUUUUUGCAAAUGCAAACCUUCCAACCAACCGCAAUUUCUUUUACGUUCAGGUCGCCGUGAAAUGACUUCACCAGCACCACCUUCCACAGCGGCCGCAGCGGCGGAGUCCAUCCACCGUUCACUCGCAGAGCUCACUUCUUCCUCGUCCGAUUCUUUCGACAACCCCCGCCGGUUCACCGCCUUUGUUUCUCGACUGCGGCUCCUCCUCAACCACAACCACUUCCUCAACCCCGACUCUCUCCCUCCGGCUCUCCAAACAGCUCUCAAAGGAAUCGCCUCGGAUCUUUCCAAAGCCACCGAAACGGUGUCGGUUUACCGUAAUAGAAGCAAGAUCUUCGUCCUCAUCAACUGCAAAUCUCUCUCUUCUUCUCUGCAACAGCACUCCUCCGCCAUAGCUUCCUGGCUCGCCUUGAUCGAAUCUUCCCUCUCCGACAACCUCCCUGAACUCCGCAAAAAAACCUCCGAUCUGUCGCGUGACAUGAAACAAUCUCAUUUCACCGUUACUGAAAAUGAAGAGAGAGUGCAUCGUACGCUACAAAAAGAAGGAGAAGGAAGGCAAACAAGUAAAGCAGUACAAAGCGCGAUAAUAAUGGAUUUAGCGAGAUGCUUAGGAAUUGAUUCCGAUAACCACGGGGAGUUAAAUAAUCAAGUUAAGUUGUUAAAAACGGAUUUAUCAAACGCAAAUUCAGUUCCCGCAAGGCGGAUUUUAGUGUCCUUGGAGAAGAUUUUGGAUAACUGGUCAAUAGUUCCGGGAAUGUCAACCUCAAACGUUGACCGUGAUUUUGAAGAAGAAGCUCACAUUUUACCUUUUAAGAAUUUUUUGUGUCCGUUAACAAAGGAAGUCAUGAAGGAACCCGUUGUGUUAGAGUCAUCACAGACUUAUGAACGAACGGCAAUCAAGUAUUGGUUCGAGAGGUGUUUGGAGGAUGGAAGGGAGCCGACGUGUCCGGUAACGGGUCAGGUUUUGAAGUCGUUGGAGAUGAAACCGAAUAUUGGAUUGGCGGGUGCUAUUGAGGAAUGGGUUAAUAGGAAUGUUGAGAUUCAGGUGAAGGGCGCGGUGGAGCAGCUAAGUAAGGAGGUGGAGGUGGAGGUGGAAGGUGUGGAGAGGGUGUUGGAUGUGGUUUAUAAGAUAUCAGAGGAGCAUCCUUCUAAUAGGUUUCGAGUUCGAAAUGCUGGGGUUGUGGUGAUGAUUGUUACGUUGCUUAGGAAUUGUUCAAAGAGUAUUGGAACUGUUUUGAGAGGUAAAGCUCUCGCAGCUUUGCUUAGCAUGGCAAAGGAUGAAGAAAGCAAGAAAAUAAUGCUUGAAGAGGGCAUCACUAGAUUGGCCAUACAUAGUCUUAUUGGAAGCUCAGAGAAAGAGAGGGAGUAUGCUGUGAAGUUAUUACUGGAGUUCUCUAGUGAUGAAGCUUGUUGUACGAGAAUUGCUUCGGAGAAAGGAGCAUUAGUUCUUCUCUCAAGCAUGGCAGGAAAUCUGGAGCACCCUGCUUUAGCCAAUUUGGCCGAGGGGGUAUUGACACAAAUGGAGAAAGUUGAGGGUAGUGUUCAGCAUUUAGCAGCUGCAGGAAGAUUUGAACCCUUGCUCAGUCGAUUGCAUGAAGGACCUGAUGAUGUCAAAAUAGAGAUGGCAUCCAUUAUUGGGAGAAUGACCUUGACAAAUAAUAGUAAAGAACGAAUUGCCAGGCAAUGUGCUCAAGCGCUAGUUGAGUUGUUAUCUAAGACAGAGGGAAGAACACCAAGCUUGCAAGCAUUAAAUAACCUGUCAGGGUUGGAUGACAAUGCAACCAUUCUUGUCGAUUCUGCUGUACUUCCAGCACUGAUAGCUAUUCUUUUACAAGACCAAGGUGCUUCAACAGAAUGGAAAGAAUUAGCAGCAUCAACAAUUGCAAACAUAGUAUCAAAUCCUGGGCACUGGGAAUUAGCUGCAAUCGACAAGAAAGGAAAUUCAAUGCAGUCAGAAUCAGUAGUCUUUAGUCUUCUUGGACUUCUUUUUGUUGCAUCCCCACAAUGUCAAGCGUCUAUUCUCCGCAUCCUAUAUGGAAUGGCUUCCUCACCACAGGCUGCAGAGUCAGUAGCCACACAUAUAAAAAAUUCUGCGGAUGGCAUCAAAACGAUUAUACCAUUUCUUGAAUACCCAGAGGAUGAACACAGAAUUUAUGCUUUUAAGCUUAUAAGAGUACUCACAGAAAGGUUUGGUCAUGAUUUAGCUCUUGAGCUUAAACCUUCUGACAAGCUUUCCCUAUUAAAAGAGAAAUUACUAGACGACCAGUCAACAGACAGUGAGAAAUCUGAUGCUGCAUGCAUACUUGCUAAUCUUCCACUCUCAGAAGAUGAGGUAAAAACAAUCCUGGGGGCAAGCUUUUUUCAAUGGACAGUAAUGACUCUUAAAAAGCAACAGCGUAUCUCUAAUGGAAGAACAUCCCGACGUACAUCAAGCAUGGCAGAAGGACUUCUAGGCCUAUUACUCCACUUUACAAUGAGCCUUGAUCAAGAGACUAUUGAUGUGGUCAUGGAGUAUCAACUCAUGACCAUUUUCUGUGAGCAGCUCAGUUUUGCUGCAAAACCUAAAGUGAAAGAGCUGGCUGCUGUUGGAUUGAAGAACUUGUCUGAAGCUGGAAGGUUACUUGCACCUGCAGACUCAGAACCAUUACCUCCCCAAGGCUGCUGUGCUUCCUUGAUGUUCUUGUUUCGGAGGGCUUCUCCAGAACCUUCCACUUGUCCCAUACACAAUGCUUCAUGUGAAAACAAUAGUCAGCUGUGCUUACUAAAUUCCAAUUGCAUCAGACCCUUGGUUGACAUUCUCCAUGAUGAGGAUAUGAAUGUUCAAAUUGCUGCAAUUGAGGCUCUUUCAACUCUUGUGUUAGAUACUUCCAAUGGUUACAAAAGAGCUGUCGAUGAGCUCGAAAAGCAUGAUGUUAUUGCAUCUGUCAUUGAACUUUUUACAGAACUUCGUCCUGGGUUGCUUCAAGAGAGGGCACUUUGGAUCAUAGAGAGGGCAUUGAGAGUGGAUGGCCCUGCCCAUAAGUACUCACUCAAUCAAUCACUGGUUAGGGCUUUGGUAGAAGCCUUUAAGCAUGGGAAUGCUAACGCAAAGAGGCAUGCUCAGGAUGCUCUUACCCACCUAAAGCAGCUAUCAGGAGUAAGCGGAAAAGCCUCCAGUCAAUCUCGGCCAAGGAGGUAGGUAGCAAUGGCAAAUACCAAUUGUUUUUACUUCUUCUGUGUCAAUAUUGUAUAACGCUAUGAUGCUUCUAUUUUGUACAGCAUUCACAGAUACCAAAUUUUGUAUUCAUUACUGUAUGAAUUCAUCAUAGAUGUUGUGUAUUCAUCAGGCAAGAAAAUUGAUUCAUAAAUUCCUUUAA